CUGGUUCCUGUAAACGGAGAGGGGGCGGGGCUUCAGUGACCACGUGAUCCAGGAGCGAACACAGAACGUGUUCAGUGAGUUUAUACUCCAUUUGGAGAGAACAGAGAAGGAGGAAAAGUUAAACAAACACCAAGAAGAAGAAAAAACGUUGAGGAGUGACCUUCCUGAGGAGGAUGAAGCAGGAGGAGCUGGCUGACUGUCUGCAGAGAUCUUCUGCUGCACUUUGUCAGGAUCAACUUAAAUCUCGCCUGAAGCAGAAGUUCCAUUGUGUGUUUGAAGGCAUCGCUAAAGCAGGAAAGCCAACCCUUCUGAACCAGAUCUACACAGAGCUGUACAUCACAGAGGGAGGGACUGGAGAGGUCAACGCUGAACAUGAGGUCAGACAGAUUGAAACAGCCUCCAGGAAACCAGACAGAGCAGAAACAAGCAUCAGACCAGAAGACGUCUUUAAAGGCUCAGCUGGAAGAGAUGGAGCCAUCAGAACAGUGAUGACAAAGGGAGUGGCUGGCAUUGGAAAAACAGUCCUAACACAGAAGUUCACUCUGGACUGGGCUGAAGGCAAAGCCAACCAGGACAUACACUUCACAUUUCCAUUCACAUUCAGAGAGCUGAAUUUGCUGAAAGAGCAAAAGUUCAGCUUGGUGGAACCUGUUCAUCACUUCUUCACUGAAACCAAAGCAGCAGGAAUCUGCAGGUUUGAAGAGAUAGAGGUUGUUUUCAUCUUGGACGGUCUGGAUGAGUGUCGACUUCCCCUGGACUUUAACAAGACUAAAACCCUGACUGAUGUCACAGAGUCCACCUCAGUGGAUGUGCUGCUGACAAACAUGAUCAGGGGGAACCUGCUUCCCUCUGCUCGCCUCUGGAUCACCACACGACCUGCAGCAGCCAAUCAGGUCCCUCCUGGGUGUGUUGACAUGGUGACAGAGGUCAGAGGGUUCACUGACCCACAGAAGGAGGAGUACUUCAGGAAGAGGUUCACAGAUGAGCAGCAGGCCACAACAAUCAUGUCCCACAUCAAGACGUCACGAAGCCUCCACAUCAUGUGCCACAUCCCAGUCUUCUGCUGGAUCACUGCUACGGUUCUGGAGGAUCUGCUGGAAACCAGAGAGGGAGGAGAGCUGCCCAAGACCCUGACGGAGAUGUACAUCCACUUCCUGGUGGUUCAGACCAAAGUGAAUAACAUCAAGUAUGAUGGAGGAGCUGAGACAGAUCCACUCUGGAAUAAAAAGAGCAGGAAGAUGAUUAAGUCUCUGGGAAAACUGGCUUUUGAGCAGCUGCAGAAAGGAAACCUGAUCUUCUAUGAGUCAGACCUGACAGAGUGUGGCAUCGAUGUCAGAGCAGCCUCAGUUUAUUCAGGGGUGUUCACACAGGUCUUUAAAGAGGAAAAAGGGCUGUAUCAGGACAAGGCGUUCUGCUUCAUCCAUCUGAGUGUUCAGGAGUUUCUGGCUGCUCUUCAUGUCCAUCUGACCUUCAUCAACUCUGGAGUCAACCUGCUGUCACAAUUAUCCUGGUUUAAACCUUUUAUGAUAAAAUAGAACUCCACAGUUCUACCACGUUGCUGUGGACAAGGCUUUAAAGAGUCCAAAUGGACACCUGGACCUGGUCCUCCGCUUCCUCCUGGGAUUUUCUCUUGAGAAAAACCAGUCAUUCUUACAAGGUUUGAUGACACGAAUGAGAAGUAAUUUACAAACCAAUCAGAAAACAGUUCAAUAUAUCAAGAAAAAAAUCACAGAGUUUCCUUCUGCAGAGAAAAGCAUCAACCUCUUCCACUGUCUGAAUGAGCUGAAUGAUUGUUCUCUAGUAGAGGAGAUCCAAGAUUAUCUGAAAUCAGGAAGUCUCUUCACAGAUAAACUGUCUCCUGCCCAGUGGUCAGCUCUGGUUUUCAUCUUAUUGUCUUC